AUGUAUUUUCGAUUGUUAUCCGAAGCGAUCAUUGCUCUAAAUCAUAAACAAUCAACAAAAGAUGAGUUCAUUUCACUCUGCAACUCUCAAUACUCCGAUAAUCAAUGUGAACUUGACAAAAUCGACGAAUUUCAUCGUAGAUAUUCGAAAGAAUAUGCCAUUCGAUGGUACACACGUGAUUCGUUUCUCUUUCGAAUACUCAACAAUGCACUCCGAACACAAAGCAUCGAUGUUUUGUACAAACUCGGAUUCUUCAUCACUGAUCUUCAUCAUCAGUUGAAAGAUUUACACAGGAAACAACUGAAUGUCUUGUCCUUACCUUCGGUUGUUUAUCGUGGACAAUUCAUGAACAAAGAUGAAUUUGAUUAUAGAAUCAAAAAUAAUAUUGGUGGAUUUCUGUCGAUCAACAGUUUCUUUUCAACAAGCACGAAGAGAGAUGUCGCCCCGAUGUUUACUGGAAACUCGUCAUCAACUGAUGUGAACAUCGAAUCGAUCGUCUUCGAGAUAAAGAUUGAGAUUGAGAAAUGUCGUCAACCAUUUGCUGAUAUUCGAUCGUUAAGUUAUAUGGAAGAAGAAGAUGAGAUACUGUUUUCAGUAGCUACGGUUUUCCGUGUUGAAUCAGUUGGGAGAUCGGAUGUGGAAGGAGUGUGGUUGGUUCGGUUGAUAAUGAAUGGUGAAGAAGAUGAAGAACUACUUAUAUUGUCGAAGAAUAUCAAAGAUGAAAUUGGUGAAUUAGAUAAUUUGAAUACAUUCUGUGCUUUGUUAAUGAAGAUGGGAGAACUUGGAAAAGCUGAAGAAUAUUGUUUAAUGCUAAUCAAAGAUACACCAGGUGACAGUUCAUCGAUGGCUAGAUAUUAUUCAAAUCUAUCAAUGAUAUACAAUGAACAAAUGGAUUAUGACAAAGGAUUAUACUAUGCUAAAAAGGCUCUGCAAACAGGCACACUCGAUUUUCUACUGUUAGCAACUGUUUACACAAAUAUGGGUCAUUCGUAUGCUUAUCAAAAUAACGCCAAAGCAGCAAUCAGUUGCCUUCACGAAGCGAUUAAGAUUCAGCAAAAUAUUCUUCAUUCCGAUAAUCUGAAACUGAUUCCAGCAUAUGUAAAUUUGAGCUUAGCGUAUGAGAAAGAGAAACAAUUUCCAGAAGCAAUUGAAUAUCUUCAAACAGUCAUUGACAUGCUCCGACAAUCGUCAUUGAUCGAUCAUCCGGCACUUGCAAUGGCUUAUACUCAUCUUGGAUUCAUUCAUGAAACACAACGCAAAUACGAGGUAGCAUUGACGUACUUCAAUAAAUGCCUCAAUAUCCAACAAAGAACACUUCCAUCACAACACUACCAUCUAGCAUAUACGUAUAUUCAGCUUGGAUUAGUCUAUAUAAAACAAUCAAAUUAUGCAGAAGCAUACAAUGCAUGUCAACUAGCAUUGAAGAUAGUUGAUACAUCUUCAGAAUAUCCAUAUGUUGUCAUGCUAAUGUAUAUAUUAGGUCAAUAUCAUUUUCACAACGAUAAUGUGGUCGAUGCAAUAGUCUGGUUUGAAAAAGCAUUGAGUAUUAAAAGGCACUCGUCAUUUUAUAAUAAUGAACUUUUCUUACAGAUUUAUAGAAGUUUGAGUGUUUUAUAUUUUGGUCAAAAAGUAUGGAAGAAAGCGCUAGAUCACAAUGAGAAAGCCAUCGCUAUCGCAAUUACAUAUGGCCAUCAUGAUCUUCCGCUGUUUUAUAUCACAUCUACAAUGUGUUAUGGUGCUUUGGGUGAUUUUGAAUCAGCUUUUAAAUAUUCUAAGUUGGCAACCAAUAUUGCUCACAAAAUCUUACCACCAGACCAUCCUCACAUUCAAAUGGCUGAAGAGCAGAAAUUUAACUUUGGUAUCUUUUAUAGAAAAAAACUCGAAAAUGAAUCCAGAAAAUUCAUGCAUUGA